AUGGGACUGCUUCAACGACGCAGCAUCCACGCAGGCGCCGAUGGCCCUGUCCCCCAGACUCCCGGUCGCCAACGCGCCCGCAAAGGCAGCGUUCCUUCCCAGCUCGGAGUACCGGGCAUGCCAGACGAUGCUAUCCAGAAACGCAAGUCCUUUGUGAACAUCUUUCGAGGUCUGCGCAAAGAUGACAUGCCGCCGCCACCCGUCCCGUCCCUCCCUAUCGGCCCUGCGCCAGUCUCGAUUCUCCGCACGACGUCGUCGUUUGCCGACGGCGGCGGACCUGCAGUGUCGAGAACGAGCCUGUCAAUGCCGGGCAGCCCGCCGCGUCCACCUCGCCCGCUUCCAGGCGUAGGGGUAUGCUCGACCCUCCCGCCACCGCGACCAUCGUUCUCCCAGCCCCAGCGCGCAUAUGGGCACUCGCCGGCCAGUUCGUAUAGCUCGAUGAUAAGCUCUGCCAGCGGCGGUCGGCGUCCCCUGCUGAACAUAUCGGCGCCUAUUCCCGGCCUAGGAGACGUUCCGCCACUGCCAACCACAAGUGCGGUGUUCAGUAGGGAGCGUGGUGGCGUCUCUCCCACUACUUCCCAUGACAAUAUGGCUGCCAACCGUCGCACACUCCCGGCUCUGCCAACUGCGUCAAUUGAGAACACUUUGGGUCAUGCGCGCACCGACUCUGUCACGACGAAUGACUCGUCAGAUCAACCACCGCACUCCAGGCGGCGUAUCCACUCGCACCUCCAGGACCGGCUGAGCAACGGCUAUGGAGGGGAGAUGUCCCCCAGCCCAUCGAUGCCAUCCACUCUUGCGAAGCCACCCACUCCCGCGGUGGCCUCAGCACCGGCGCCAGAGCGCCAAAGCACUGGCGAGCAGGACUUCAUCUUUGACGCCCGCGUAGCUGCAAUGUUGAGUGACCCGCCUCUUCCACCAACGACCACACCAUUCACCCGUAUCAAGGCCACAGACCCUGGCACGGACGUGUUCACGACGGUCCCAGCCUCCCCACUGUCCAACGUCCCCCCUCCUGGUCGUCAGCAGUCACGCCUGCGGAUGUAUGCCAACACCCACUCACCUGUUCCAUCGCGACCGUCGUCCGUUGUCGACAACUCGGAGAUGAGGAUCCUGCCACCAGGCGCACUGUUGUCGCGUGGAGAAUCGCUCGGAGUGUCCAACCGCGCGGCGUACCCUCGAGCCCCUAAAUUCGUUGCCGAUGGCCCCCGCCCAGACUCGUUGCUGAGUACCGCCAGCUGGGCUUCUGCAGCAUCGGGUCCGCGGCUUCAGGCACAUGAUGGUGUCCGCGUCCACCGUGCGGGAUCCAUGUCCGACUCGAUCAUGGGCUCGGUGUCGGAAUCCAUUUCGGGCUCGAUCUCGGGCGGCGACUCGUCCAUGGACGACUCUGUCGAAGACCUCCGGACGGUCGAGGAUUGCGGACCCAUGCUUCCUAUCCGUGUUGGUGCGGAUCCACGCAACUCGUUGAUUGUCAUCCACCCUCAGGACCCCAUUACCCCCAAGUCGCACCAGUUCCCUCCCUCGGCAUUACUGGCACCCCCUUCCAGCUUUGCAGACGGCACCCCUGGAUCCAUCUAUUCGAACACUUCGGCUUCUUCUUCCAACACGGACCUUCAUGACAGCGCCAACUCACGAACCCCUACCGCUUCGCGUAUCAAGCUGAUGCGUUCGCCAUCGGCCACACGUGAAAUCGAUACCCUGCGCACACGCAAUUCACUGCUCGAGGUGACCAAUGCGCGUCUAGAGGCCGACCUCAAGAAGGCGCGAUCUGACGUCAGCCUGCGUCCCGGAAACGCGUCCAUCUACUCGUCGGCGCGCCCUGGUACCAAGCGCGACUCGGCGAGCACUACAAAGACGGCGACGGCCAACAAGCGCGACUCUGCUCUCACCAUCCGCGACGACGGAGCAGGCAUCUAUUCACAGAUGAAUGCUGGCGGUGGUCGUUCGCAAGCCGACCUUGCGGUCCCUGCCCUGCUGUCAGAGAUUGAGUUGCUGAAGAGGAGCGGCGCGCAACUGCAAGCCGAACUCCAGGCAGUCAGGUCCCAGGUUUCGCUGCUGUUCCCGCCAACGCCUGCUGAGAUGGCCGAACAGGAGGCACGCGAUCCCAGCGGCGGUCUGUCGAGCCCGGGACGCAUGAGCACCGACGCGAAACCGGACCGCAACCCCUUCCGUGCAAGCAAGCACGGCGGCGUGCAGAGCGGCCUGGUCACCCCGACACUGUCAUCGACGUCUGCUGUGGGCAUGGGGUCGCCGUCGUCCAGCAGUUCACGUUCGCACUCGGCCGCCUCGACCGCCUCCACACCCCUGACGCCACAGAUGAGCACGCAGUGGGCACAGGUCCAGACUGGGCCUGGCAGCACCGUCAAGCUGGCCAGCUACGACAAGUACACGACCAUACCACCGGCCCACUUUACGUCCAUCCCCCCCACGCUCGCUCCCGUGCCCGCCACGCGCGCCACUGUGCCCGUGCACCAUCCCCAGCCGCGCCCGAUGAGCGCAUUCAGCGCCAGGAGCAUCAACACGCUUAGCUCCAGGACACCCCCUCCCCGUCCUCCGAGGCGUGUUUCGCGUAUGCCCGCUGUGCCGGCAGCCAACAUCAACAUCAGCACGAGCGUCAGAGCUGCAUAG